GGCCGGAAGGCGGAGGCUGCGGGAACCCCGCGCCGGGGCCGGUGGGCCCUGAAGCUGGGCGGCUAUGGCAGUUGCUACCGCGGCCGCACUGCUCGCUGCACUGGGUGGAGCGCUGUGGCUGGCAACCCGGCGCCGUGUCGGGCCUAGAGGCCGGAGGUUGCGCGGAGGCGGGGACCCUGGCCUCAUGAAAGGGAAAACGGUGCUGAUCACCGGGGCCAACAGCGGCUUGGGCCGCGCCACGGCCGCCGAGCUGCUGCGCCUCGGGGCGCGGGUCAUCCUGGGCUGCCGGGACCGCGCGCGCGCCGAGGAGGCUGCGGGGCAGAUGCGCCGCGAGCUCCGCGAGGCCGUGGGCUCCGAGCCGGAGGGCGCGGGCGAGCUGGUCAUCCGGGAGCUGGACCUCGCCUCGCUGCGCUCCGUGCGCGCCUUCUGCCAGGAGAUGCUGCAGGAAGAGCCUAGGCUGGAUGUCUUGAUCAACAAUGCGGGAAUCUUCCAGUGCCCUUACAUGAAGACAGAAGAUGGGUUUGAGAUGCAGUUUGGAGUGAACCACCUGGGGCACUUCCUACUCACCAAUCUUCUCCUUGGCCUCCUGAAGAACUCAGCUCCCAGCAGGAUCAUCGUCGUUUCUUCCAAACUUUAUAAAUAUGGAGACAUCAACUUUGACGACCUCAACAGUGAGCAGAGCUAUAAUAAAAGCUUUUGCUACAGCCGAAGCAAACUGGCUAACAUUCUUUUUACCAAAGAAUUAGCCCGCCGGCUUGAAGGCACAAACGUGACUGUGAACGUACUGCAUCCUGGGGUGGUGCGGACCAACCUCGGGCGGCACAUCCACAUCCCGCUGUUGGUGAGACCCCUUUUCAAUUUGGUGUCUUGGGCUUUCUUCAAAACUCCAGCAGAAGGUGCCCAGACUUCCAUUUAUUUGGCCUCUUCCCCCGAGGUGGAAGGGGUGUCUGGAAGGUACUUUGGGGACUGUAAAGAGGAAGAGCUACUACCCAAAGCUAUGGAUGAGUCUGUUGCGCGGAAACUCUGGGACAUCAGUGAAGUGAUGGUUGGCAUAGUGAAAUAGGAACAAUACUGGCUGGCUGUGACAGCUAGGGUGUGGAGGGGCGUGGCCUGAGCACUUGACAGCAGCACUACUGCGAGGAACAUGCAGACAUUUCAAAGUUAUGAAUGUUAGGUUUUGGGUAACAAAAAUUCAGCAAAAAUGCUUUAAAUAUAUUGAGUGAGUAUAAUGAGCAGCACAAUUGUGUUUUUAUAAUGCAAUUGAACAAGCGUGGAAAACAGAUACAGGAUUUCAUGACUUGAAAUACAUAUGUUGAAAUGUUUCUCAAAUAUAUUUUGAGUGUCAUGACCAAAGUAUGAGAUAUUUUUGCUAUGAUGCUGGCUUCUGUGUGGAAAAAGUGCACCUGGUGUGUGCACUCAAAUCUCACUUGCAAUAAAUGUUGUGUGGUUU